AUGCUCAAUUCGCCGCCGCCCGACGUGCCCACAUCAAGCCUGUCAGCCCACCUUGACAAGCUAGGCGAGCUAGAAGAAGCCCAUCGCAUCGUACAGCGAGCGCUAGACGCUGCUUUCGUUGAUUGUCACAAGGCCAUGCACCAGCUCUACCGUUCUUGGCCACAACGCCGGGACAAACACUACUCAACCGCGGGCACCACUGCGACCCUUCUCCUUUGCACGCGCCACGACCUUUUUCUUGCCAACGUGGGCGACAGUGAUGCCUUCUACUACUGCCUCGGUGCCGAUGAACCUCAGUGCCUCACUGUCUCCCAUUUACCAAACAUUCCCUCGGAAGUUCGGCGCAUCCGCAACUGUGGCGGUCGCAUCAGUGCCAUGCGGGUGUGUUGGACCCGGCUCUCUGCUAGCUCAGGCCAGCGCGUGUCUGUGCCCUUUCUCAAUAUGACUCGAGCGUUGGGCGAUUUUUGGAGCUGGAACCCCGCCUCAGAGGCCUACAUCGUUGACCCCCACCCCCACACCUGUCACCGAUUGAGACAGCCUGACGAGGAUGACUUUGUCAUCAUGGCAUCUGAUGGACUUUGGGACUGCCUGCCCCCAGCGACAGCCGGCGUCGUUGUCCGAGAGAGCCUUGCCAAGAACUGCUGUCCAGCGCCCGCUUUGGUCGAGUGUGCCCUGCAGUUCACGCGUUCGCACAACAUCAAGUGCGACAAUGUAUCGGUCACUGUUGUUUUCUUACGCGGCAGAGCCGCCUGUCCUCUCCACGCCAGCGUAUCACGCUCGAGCCGUGCAUCAACACCCUGUUACAGCCACCACACCUCAGACUCGGGCAUUUCGAGCGGUUAUGCCGGCUCACUUGACGCCGCCGGGCUGAAUGGCAGCCUGUGCGCUGAUGUGCUGCAAAGUCAUGGUAGCAGUGGGUACCUCAAUGCGUAG